AUGGAUUUUAACCUCCUGACGGACAGUGAAGCCCGCAGCCCGGCGCUGUCUCUCUCAGACUCCGGGACCCCGCAGCACGACCAGGGAUGUAAAGGCCAGGACAACAGCGACACAGAGAAAUCCCAACAGAACCAGCUGGAUGAGUCCAGCGCUGAUGACGGCUCGCUAAAGAAGAAGCAGCGGCGGCAGAGGACUCACUUCACCAGCCAGCAGCUCCAGGAGCUGGAGGCCACCUUCCAGAGGAACCGCUACCCCGACAUGAGCACCAGGGAGGAGAUUGCAGUGUGGACCAACCUCACUGAGGCACGGGUCAGGGUAUGGUUCAAGAACCGACGCGCCAAGUGGAGGAAGCGGGAGAGGAACCAGCAGGCAGAGUUGUGCAAAAAUGGCUUUGGUGCCCAGUUCAAUGGACUCAUGCAACCCUACGAUGACAUGUACACGGGCUACUCCUACAACAACUGGGCCACCAAGAGCCUAGCAAGCAGCCCGCUCUCCGCCAAGAGCUUCCCAUUCUUUAACUCAAUGAAUGUAAGCCCCCUGUCAUCCCAGCCUAUGUUCUCCCCCCCAAGCUCCAUCCCCUCCAUGAACAUGGCCUCUAGCAUGGUGCCCUCGGCGGUAGCAGGGGUUCCCCCCACAGGGCUCAACAACCUGGGCAACCUCAACAACCUAAACAGCCCCACGGCACUCAACUCGGUAGCGGUGACGGCGGCCACUUGCCCCUAUGCCACCACAGCCAGCCCCUACAUGUAUAGAGACACCUGCAACUCCAGCCUGGCCAGCCUGCGGCUCAAGGCCAAGCAGCACACCAACUUCGCUUAUCCGGCUGUGCAGAACCCCGUGUCCAACCUGAGCCCCUGCCAGUACGCCGUGGACCGGCCGGUAUGAAAAAGAAGCUUCAAUGACGACCCCUGACCCAACCGACCAGCUGUAAGUCCACUAUUGCCCCACUUCACAUCUCUUAAAUUCCAUCUCUAAACUGCCAGAUGUGCUGCUGACUGGCAAUC